UUGUAGCUGGCAGUAAGCUGUGGCUUUUUUAGUCAGGUAGAAACACUCACUUGCAUCGUCACUUCACCUUCUAACUUGCACAGACCAGAGAAAUGUCAGGACCCAGGCCUGUAGUUCUGAGCGGUCCAUCAGGAGCUGGGAAAAGCACCCUGUUGAAGAGACUCAUGAAGGAAUAUGAAGGGGUUUUUGGAUUCAGUGUCUCUCACACCACCAGAAAUCCUCGGCCAGGAGAGGAAGAUGGAAAAGGGCUGACUUGUCUCCCAAUGCUUCUGGGGGCUACAUUACUUCCUGUAGCAGACAUCCUAUCGUCUGUGACAUCUGAAGAUUACCACUUUGUCACCAGAGAGAACAUGCAAGAGGGAAUCGACAAUGGCGAGUUCAUUGAGAAUGCAGAGUUUUCUGGGAAUAUGUAUGGUACCAGCAAAUCAUCCAUAGAGGACGUUCAGGCACAAAAUCUCAUCUGCAUCUUGGAUGUUGACAUACAAGGGGUACAAAACAUCAAGAAGACUGAUCUAAACCCCAUUUAUAUCUCCAUUCAGCCACCUUCAAUGGAGAUCCUGGAAAAGCGUCUGAGGGACAGACAAACCGAAACAGAGGAAAGUCUACAGAAGCGUCUGGAGGCCGCGAGGAUUGACAUGGAGCUCAGUAAGGAACCUGGAGUUUUCGAUAUUGUAAUCAUUAAUGAUGACCUGGAAGCAGCCUAUGAAAAGCUCAAAAGUGUUCUUGUUGAGGAAAUUCAGAAGGUGCAAGAUGCCAAGAAAUAGGAAAGGAUAGACGGGACUUUUUACCCUUUUGUCCGUCAACACAGGACAUGAAGCCUUUUUUUCCCAGCCUUGUACAGUGUAUAUAGCCUAGUACAAGUGUUGGUUCUCAUGUUAGACUCUAAAAAGUCGAUUGACCUGAAGGGACCUAAACAUCUCAGUCUCAGUUGAGGACUCAUCUCUGUAAACUGUGUGAGAAUGUUUGCACCUUGUAUACUGGAGAGAGAAAACUGUGUGGUAACCCAAAAUGCGUUGAGUAAGCGUAUUAAUGACAAUAGUUUGUUUAUCAUCAGCAUGUUCUAUAAUAGAAAAAUGAUUGUUUUUCAAUAGCCUAGUUUGUGAUUGUAGAGAGCAAAACUACAGCAUGUUUGACUCUCAGGUAAGGUUUAAAUGUAGCCUAUUCUGUUGAAUGUUUAGAUUUGAGUUGCACCUCCAUGUUUAUAAAUUUGUGUUGACUAUAAAAUGUAAUUUUUGGUUUAGCUAAAAUAAAAUAUUAGAAAAUAAAACUAAAAGUACUUUUAAACAUUU